AUGUAUUCCCAACACGGUGCCCCUAUGGCACCCCCCCAAAAGCCGGAGACGUUUAUGCUUUCCACUGAGGCCCAGCAAAGCCUUCCACAUGACGCGCAAGUCGCGCUGCAGCAGGUUGACAAUCUCAAAUACUUUCUCCUCUCGGCGCCAGUGGACUGGCAUGCAGAUCAACUCAUCCGGCGCUUCUUGCUUCCCACUGGCGACUACAUCUCUUGCGUCUUAUGGAGUAAUCUCUUUCACAUCUCCGGAACCGACAUCGUCAGAUGCCUCGCAUUCAGAUUCCAGGCCUUCGGGCGCCCCGUGAAGAAUUCGAAGAAGUUCGAGGAGGGUAUCUUCUCGGACUUGCGAAACCUCAAGGCCGGAACUGAUGCUACUCUAGAAGAACCCAAGAGCCCGUUCCUCGACUUCCUCUACAAGAACAAUUGCAUUCGAACCCAGAAAAAGCAGAAAGUCUUCUACUGGUACAGUGUGCCGCACGAUCGGCUGUUUCUCGAUGCGUUGGAACGUGAUCUGAAGCGGGAGAAAAUGGGGCAGGAGGCGACCACGGUUGCGGUCAGCGAGCCUGCUCUGUCUUUCGAGUUCGAUUCAUCCCAGUCGCUGUAUGAACAACUCACAAAGGCACAACAAGCAAAUUCCUCAUCGUUUGCUGCACACGCAAGUACGACAUAUGGCCAACCCGCAUCCCCAGUGGUUCGGACCGUUGACGCUAUGCCUCCUCCCCAGAUGGCUCCCCAGAUGGCUCCCCCGGCGCUACCCCUUCUCCCGGACGAGUCGGGCAAUCCGGCGAUGUACAACCCAGUUCCUAUGCCCACCACCCUGGCCCAGAGCGUUAUUAAGCGCGAAGCCGAAUACGGGCACAUUCAAUACGACCGCAAUGGCAUGCCCAUUGCUCGUCUACACCAGCGCCAUGCCUCCAUGCCCACCUUCGUCGAAUACUCGCCGGCGCCAUCGUUCGUUUCGUCUCAAUACGAGGACUACAGCAACCGGGGUCUAUCGUUCGAGCCUGUUACACCUCCUCAGCACAGCUCUCACCUUGGAGCUGAACCGGCAUACAUCGCUAACGAAGACACCGGUCUCUACACCGCCAUCCCCGAUAUCUCUUCCGCAACUCACUUCAAUCCAAUGAUGCAGCUACCCCCGUCGAAUCUUGCCCAUGCGCACUACCCGGCGCCUGCGAGAACUUUCCCUUCAAAUGUCUACUCGGUCAUCGAAGGCUCUCCUACAUACAAGCAACGUAGGCGGCGGUCUUCGAUACCCCCGAGUAUCACCAGCGUUGGCGCUGGGCCGCACCCCCAGGUGACUAGUGCACCGAACCAAGCUGUUGCGUACGCUGCCCAUAAACCCAGCGACCUUCGUCGCUCAGUCUCUAGCUCGGUGGCUCCGGUAGCGGAGGUGGAUGAGUCUCAUCAUGAUCAGUCUUUCAGGGCUGCCAAUGGCUAUCGCGCUGCAGUCCUUCCCCAGAAGAACCUGCUGCAUGAGAUGUCCCGCAACAGCACCCCGCUGCCGAGUCUCGAGGAAAACCCCGAGCAGGGUACCUUGGCUCUUGCAAAUCAACCAGAUGACUUAGCGCCUCUCCCUAGCGGUGAGGUGCUAGAUGCAUCUGUCCAGAACAGUGCGACGAAUAAGAAUGACCGGUACGGUCCCAUCCGUCGUGCUCGGAGCGCUACCAUGAUGGAGCUCGGCCCCUACCCGCAGAAGUCACACUCCUGCCCCAUUCCGUCAUGCGGACGUCUCUUUAAGAGAUUAGAACAUCUGAAACGACACGUGAGAACACACACUCAGGAGAGGCCCUACCCUUGUCCUUACUGCAACAAAGCAUUCUCCCGAUCGGACAACCUGGCACAACACCGUCGGAUCCACGAGGCUCAACAGGAUGGGCAGCAGCCCCUUUCUGGCCACGAGGAAGACCUGGAAAAUGAAGAGAACGGAUUUGGUUCAGCCGAGGAGGGAUCUUCCCCGUCUGAAUCUGUCUCAGGUGCCAUGGUUAAUGUUCCUGGCAUGACCACGAUGCCCUCCGCUAUGACCCUGCCAUCGGCUAUGCCCACAAUGGUCGCUCCUCACAUGAUUGCGCCUCAACUCUUGCAGCAGCAACUAUGA